UCCUCCUCCUCCGCCAGCACCCCCUCUUCGCCUUUCGUCUCUUCGCUUGUUUUCUUCGAUUCCAUCCGUUUUCGUGGGGGUUUUAUAUAUAUAUAUAUAUAUUUUUUUUCUCUCUCUCUCCGCCAUCCUCGCCGCCCAGAUCUCUCUCUCUGUGCCUCCUCCCUCCUUUGAGUAAGUCGGCUAAAGGAGAGAUCUGGAGUGGGGAGGGGGGGGAUAGUGGAGCCGAGCAAACCUGUGGCGGAGGAGCCGGCGGGUGGAGAGUGGCUUUUGGAGAGUGUUGGAAGUCGUCAGGAUCCAGAUGGGCUCCGUCGGGAAUGCUAGCGGGACGGGAGCGGCGCUGGGAGCGGCUCGCUGAGCUCUGGCCGGGCUGGGCUUGCCUGGAACUCCGCGGGAGGAGAGGUGUGUGAUCCUGUGUGGCUUUGCCGGACUCCAAGAGGAUCUGCUCGGUGCCUGGGAAAUCGAAUUCCCCCAUUGUUCAGCUGUAAAAUAGCUGCACCAGGCCGUGAUUGGCAAAGGACUGGAUGCCCAGGUUGCUUACAUCACGUAGGCAGCUGCCACCGAAAUGACACACUUGAUUGAAGGCCAAAAGAACCAUAUACGUAACUGCCUGUGAUUAAGCUCCAUAUGAUGCCUCAGAGCAAGUAAAAACCCCUCCUUCAUCUCAGCUUGCUUGUAACGAGACAGCCGUUGCAGGGCUAUCAUUUGGGUCAUGUUGUGGCUUUUGGGGGAUUUUUUGGGGUUGUUUUGGGCUGGGUUUUUUUUGCUUCUGGCUGUAAACUUCCAUGACCUGCACCAAUCUGCUGUUGCACCCUUGCGUGAUGCCCCAUGAGAGCCUGGUGCUGUAGGUGUGCUGGUAGCUGGGAAUACAGAUUUUAUCAGGGAGAAGAUGCCAUUCCACCAUGUGACAGCUGGCUUGUUGUACAAGGGCAACUACCUGAACCGCUCGCUCUCCGCCGGCAGCGACAGCGAACAGCUCGCCAACAUCUCCGUGGAGGAGCUGGAUGAGAUCCGGGAGGCUUUCCGAGUGCUGGACAGGGAUGGGAAUGGCUUCAUCUCCAAGCAGGAGCUGGGCAUGGCGAUGCGCUCGCUGGGGUACAUGCCCAGUGAGGUGGAGCUGGCCAUCAUCAUGCAGCGCCUGGACAUGGAUGGGGAUGGCCAGGUGGAUUUCGAUGAGUUUAUGACCAUCCUGGGCCCCAAGCUGGUGUCGUCGGAGGGCAGGGAUGGCUUUCUGGGGAACACAAUAGACAGCAUAUUCUGGCAGUUUGACAUGCAGAGGAUAACGCUGGAGGAGCUGAAGCACAUCCUGUACCACGCCUUCCGCGACCACCUCACGAUGAAGGACAUCGAGAACAUCAUCAUCAACGAGGAGGAGAGUCUCAAUGAGAACUCUGGCAACUGCCAAACAGAGUUUGAAGUGCACGCCCAGAAGCAGAACAGACAGACCUGCGUGCGGAAGAGCCUUAUCUGCGCCUUCGCCAUGGCCUUCAUCAUCAGCGUCAUGCUGAUCGCGGCCAACCAGAUCCUGAGGAGCGGGAUGGAGUAGCCCCUGGCCAUGCCACUGUGACCCAAGCUGCCCAUGCAUGUGCAUGCCCACCUGGGGGACCUCCCCCUGGCCCGACUCCACACGGCAAAGAGACACAGGCAGGCAAAGCACCACUCGAGCGGGAGCCCGAGGCCAGCGGCGUAAACGUGUCUUGUGAAUCAACCACAUCCUUUUUGGCAGGGACAUCAAAGGGCUGUCUUAAUGCUUUAAAGGUUUUGUUUCCUAAUGCAAUAAAAAAACACACACACCCCCCACCACCCCCCAUAUAGAGGAGUCCCAAAUUAUUGCUUCAAAACAGCGAUGGUGACUCGGAAGGGACUUGGAUCCAGCAGCCUGUGUGGCAGUUUUGAGGAGGCACAGCCUCAGGACUUACUGCAGUGGGGCUGUCCUUGAACCAGGGGCCCACUGACUAUCCCACUGGGCCCACAUUCCCAGGAAGUUGAUCGUAGCAUUGCCACAAGCAAGUCCCAUUUGUUUGAUUUCACCUCCUCCAGCUCCAUUUUCUUUUCCCUUAUGACCAUGCCAUGGAGUUCACGGCAUCAGAGGGGAGCCAGAGCAUCUUGUACAGUAUUUUCUGAGGAAAAAAAAAAA